UAGAACAGACGAUGACCCCUGUCUCGUCUUUAUUUUAACCUUAGCAGUGUAACUGUUGUUCAGCUUCUGCUUAAUGAAACACUUUGUAUGCAGUGCGGACGAACCUUUAUUAUAGAACAUCUUGGGUAUUAUUGAAAUAACUAUACCAUUUAGGAUCUUUUGACUUUGACUUUGUUUUUCAUAUACUUAUUUACUUCCCCUUAACUUUGAUCCUGUCGUCGUCGCUGUGUUGAUCAGCUUACUCUAUAGUAAAUGACCCAACUUAGAUCCCUUACAUUUAUUUCUUCGAUAUAGCCGCGAAUUUGUUUGUUCUGGGUUCGAUCCUGCAGACCCGUUGCCGCGGCUGGUUAUCUCUAUUCUACUAAUCUCUCGCCCAUCCCGCUUUCGCAGCAACCUAUUACAUACAAGCGGUCCCUCUCCGCGAGUCAUUCUUAGGGCUCCGGUUCCCAGAUCGCGUAGCUAAGGCGUUAACGCAACCUAGUGUAAUUCCAUCUUCCCUUGGCGCGUGCCCAACCUCGCCCUCGGGAUAUCGGCUUGUCUUUAUUCUUUAUUUUUUAUUUUAUUUUUCAAGUCGUCGUCCCAUGUGCGUGCGUGUAAGCGGUGUGCAAUGGCCAUGUCGAAGCGCAGCACGUUCACGACCAUCUCGCCGCUGCCAGCGGGCAUCACGCGCGAGGUCGUCGUCGACUUCCUGCACAACCACGUGGAGAUGAUCGACCUGAACCCGCUGGUCAUCGAGCGGCACCCCAUCGACCCGCCGCCGCACGCCCCCGCCGAGGAGCGCCGCUGCGCCUGGUGGAGCAUGACCGACAAGAUCUCGUAUCUGCCCGGCGGCGUCGUCUCCGGAGACGUCACCUACACGGCUGCGUUCCACGACUUGCCGAGCGGCAUCCAGACCCACGUGUACGCCCCCAUGGGCACGGAUAUCCGCGAGCGCUGGACCCUCGGCGGCACGCUGCCGGGGGAACCGCCUGAGCCGGUUGAGCUGGGGAUCGGGGCGCCGAGGCAGGGUCUUUAUUUACGCGAGGACGUCGAGCUAAGAUGCAACUUCGUCAUGUCCUCCUUCGUCAAGAAGACGCUGAAGAAAGCCCACGGCGUCCUGGUGGAGCGGCUCGUAGCCAGCGCUUCUUCUACGGCGCAACGUCAGAGCGUGGGUCAUCAACGCACGAGUUCAAGUGUGCAGAGUGGAAGUGUCCAUUCGAACCACUCGUCUGUGAACUAUCCUGCAUAUCCCGCUCCCCAGGGACUACAACCCGCAGCACCGUAUCAUCCGCAGCAGCAGCAGCGACAACAACCCAGACCAAUGUCUACCCCUUUCGGCCACGUCACGCCGCCGCCGCCGCCAGGGAACUCGGCACCACACGGCCAUGCCACGUCUCACAGCGUAGGGAGCAAUAGCUACAUACCCGAGCCGCUGCGCGUGAACAAGAGUCGUCCGUCCAGCGGACAGUACCACCACCCCCAGGGUUCGGCGUCACAUACCCUCCAGCCGCCAGGGGUAGGCAAUAGCAGCUUCCCGGCGGAAUUGGAGUGAAGAAAUAUAUUAAUAGGUGCUUUCAAGUUGCGAGUUGUGUGUAUGCAUUGGCGUUGGGAUCCGGUAUACUCGCAUCUGAGCGUUUUUGUUGCGUUUAACCAUCUCCAUGGGCUGGGGAGUACUGGCUCGGGGGAAGGAAUAUUUAGCAUACCUAAGUAGUCUAAGAUGAGAUGGGAUGGGAUGGAGGAGGAGCGGUAUAUACCCCUGAAGUUGUAGUCACGAAUGCCAGAAAUUUGAACUAUCUCGGCUUGGUUCGAUACGCCUGGUCUAGUGUAUGGCCGAUGUUAUCAAUACGUGAGGGUGAAGAUACAACUCUAUAUCUAGAACUUCGGCCUCGCCUCGUACACAUAAAAAGAAACGCUGAAGAUUUGAGCUGAAGAUUUGAGUUUCGCAGAUCUAGUUCUGCCAUCUCACCGUGUUGCUGCAGGGUCAGGUAGGGGUAGUACAUUAUCACGAGUUGAAUCAUAUGAGAAUAAAAAUACAAGAAGGAAAGGUUGCCUUGCUUGCCAUGUGUCCCGGCCAUGCGCCAUUUCUUAUGAGCUAACCUCGUUGGUUAAUCGGAGCUGGCUUGUUACUGUUUUUACAAAUCAUCAGGAUGUGUUGCAUUGGAUGGUGAUCAUAAAUCAAAUUAUAAGAGCAGUUAGAUACACAAGAUACGACGAUUUGGACCGGUGGAAAGAAACUAAGUAUAUUAUGAACGCGCAGUGUU